AUGAACGCAGACGCCGAGCGAAUCGAGCGCGCUCGCGCCAAGAACCUCGCGUACAUCCGUCAAAAGGAUGAGCACGAGGCUUCUCAAGCCGUGGACGAGCUCUUGGCUGUCGGCUCAAGUAUUAGGCGAUCAGCGUCUGCAUUAGGAGGAAUGAAAGGCAACAGUAGCGUUUACAUUACGGGUCUUACGACGUACAUGGCCUGUAGACAACUCGAGGGCGCUUGUACCAAACUUGGCAAAGUGCGACGUAUUAAGUUCUACAAGGAUGAUAGAGGAGGACUUAAGGGUGACGCAGUGGUAACGUUUAGCUCGCGUGCCACGAUGACGAAGGCUAUUGACAGGCUGAACCAUUUUGAAGUUAAACCGGGAGUGAUUAUCACAGCAAUCGAAGCAACUUUCUCAAGCAAAAAGGUGAAGAACAUUGAGAAGAGUAAAGACGUUGACGGCAUUGGUCAGGUGACUACAGACUAUGAAGCAUCUGCGCCGUUGAAAGUUGGUUCAACCGAUGAGAAGCCGCCUUUGGACUUGCCGUCAGACUCCGUCAUUCUAAAAAAUGUAUGGGACUCACUUGACAGCAGCGAUGCUGCGUUCUUUACUGAUUUGGAAGAAGACAUACGUGUGGAAUGUGAGAGACAUGGAGUUGUGAAGCGUGUUCAAGUUGUAGCACAUGGUUCUGUAAUCGUGUGCUUCGCAGAGUUAAAGGCAGCUCUCGCAUGUCAAAAAGUGAUGAACGGGCGGUAUUUUGCUGGACGACAGAUUGAGGCACAGUUUCAUCAGGCUACGACUGAGAAUCUUAGCAAUGCAGAUGCCAAGGUUAAAGCUUUUUUGGCGUCUAUUGAAAAGUGA